GACAGAAAGGUAUCUCGGCGCACGGUUUAACUUUAGUAAGCUGGUGAGAGCUGUGCGGUAACGGCAUCACCAGCCAGCGGGUGUAUAUUCAGUGAUGGAGUACGGGAAGGAGAGAGUGGUGGCGCUAGUAGACAUGGACUGCUUUUACGUCCAGGUGGAACAGAAACUCAACCCAGCUCUGAGGAACACUCCCUGUGUGGUGGCCCAGUACAAGACGUGGAAAGGAGGCAGUAUCAUAGCUGUGAGCUACGAGGCCAGGGCCCAUGGUGUCACCAGGAACAUGUGGGUGGACGAUGCAAAGAAACUUUGCCCAGAUCUCCAGGUAGCACGAGUGCGUGAGUCUCAUGGCAAGGCAGACCUGACGCAUUAUAGGGAGGCGAGUGUGGAGGUGAUUGAGGUGAUGUCUCGCUUCGCUGUGAUUGAGAGAGCCAGCAUCGAUGAGGCCUACAUGGAUCUGACCGCUGCGGUCCAGCAGCGGCUGAAAAACAUGACGGACAAACAAAUUGAGCCUCGCCUGCUGAGGGCGACCUACAUCCAGGGAUACCCCCAAACUUCACCUGAACAUGAAGCAUCUGCAGAGGACCCUGCCUUGGAUAAAGAGGAGCUGAGGUCCAGGGGUCUCCAGCAGUGGCUAGGAUCCUUACCUGCCCCUCUGUUAGGGGAACAGAGCCCUGCAGAAGUGCAGCUGACUGUGGGGGCACUCAUCAUCGAGAAAAUGAGGGCAGCCGUGGAAAAAGACACAGGUUACAGCUGUUCAGCAGGGAUAUCGCACAAUAAGGUAUUGUCCAAAUUAGCGUGUGGUCUGAACAAACCUAACCGACAAACUGUUCUGCCUUUGGACUCCGUGACGGAACUUUUCAACUCUCUACCCGUUGGCAAGAUCCGUAACCUAGGGGGUAAGCUGGGUAUCUCCAUUACAGAAACUCUGGGAAUAGAGAACAUGGGAGAUGUGACUCGCUUCUCUCACGCUCAACUGGGUCAGCACUUUGGAGAAAAGACGGGCCAGUGGCUGUAUGACUUGUGUCGGGGGAUUGAAUUUGAAGCAGUGAAACCCAGACAUCUUCCCAUGUCCAUCGGCUGCAGUAAAAACUUCCCCGGGAAGACAUCGCUGGCUACAAAAGAGCAGGUUCAGUAUUGGCUUCAUCAACUGGCCCUUGAGCUGGAGGAGAGGCUUAUCAAGGACAGAGAAGUGAAUGGUCGAGUGGCGAAGUCGUUGACGGUUGGUGUCCGUCAGCUUGGGGACAAGAGGCCGAGCGGCUUCUCUCGCUGUUGUGCUUUAGUGCGCUACGAAGCGACCAAACUGUCCGACGACAGCUUUGCCAUUAUCAAGAGUCUCAACACAGCAGGAAACCACCAGGCAGCAUGGACUCCACCCCUCACCCUGCUGCACCUUUCAGCUAGCAAAUUCAGUGACAAUCCGUCAGCAGGGGGCAUUGUUGGCUUUCUUUCCAGUGAUGUCACUUCAACCCAGAGUCUUUUCUCCACCACCCAGCCCUCCACCCAGCCACGCUCUGAACUGAAAAAUGACUCCGCAUGCAUGCAACAGCCUGGCACCAUCCAGUCCUUCUUUCAAAAGACAGCUGAGAAACAAAGACGGAAGGUUACAAAAGAUGGAGAUGAGGAUGACUACGAUAUUGGCUCCACGGGGAUUCCCCCGUCUUCCUCCUCUCAGAAAACCUCUAUUACCGAUAGUCAGUUGGAGGCAGAGACCAAUUGCCCCGCUUCUUCUUCACUUACACGUAUUUCUCACUCUAAAAGUGGUACAGCCAGCCCCCAUUCUGACAUUUCCUCUUUCUUCCACAAGAAGAGUAUUGAAAGAAGCUCACAGGACUCAACAUUAAACAAGCCUGAAAUAGGACAUGAGCCUGGCGAUAUAGAAGACACUGUUGCUGCUGUGUCGGAGCUACAGGCCAAACGUAGCCCAUCUCAGCAGUCACUAUGUGAAGAGUUAAGGGAUGAACUGGGCAUUGAUCCAGAAAUACAUCGCCAUCCUUCUAGCGUGGCCAGAGAAGACCUGUUAAACUGUCAACACUGUGGCCAGGAAGUGUUAGUCUGGGAAAUGCCUGAACACAAUGACUAUCACUUUGCCCUGGACCUCCAGAACUCACUCUCUUCAUCCACAGGUUCAGCACCCAUCUCCUCCUCUUCCUCCACUGUCUCUUCUUCUUCUUCCAAUGUUUCUCUAACUCCUCUCAGCGCCCAGUCCUCACGCGGAAAGAGAAAAUCCAGAGGCCAGUCGAGGUCUCAACCGAAAAGGCAUCGCUCCCAAGGUGGAAGCACGGGCACUCUGGAUUCUUUUUUUAAAAGGAACUGAAGGUGUGCUGUAGAAUAAAAUACAUUCUACUGAUAAUGCAUAUACAGUAUAUCACAGACUAAGUGAAUGCGUUGGUGAAGGAAUGGAGCCGUUUUGUAACAGGGCUUGUUUUAAAUGAUCAAUGUUACUGUGCUUUAUAAAAGUGUACAAAAUACAGUGCAAACCAGCGUCUAUUAAAGAUACUUUUUACAUUUUGUAGUAGUAUACAUUAGGUUGUAGUAUUCUAAUGUGUCAGCAGAUGCCACUAAUAUGUUGAAUAUAGAGCAGCAAUCCUCACUUGAGUCAAUAUUGAGUUUUCUUCUCUUAAGAGUUACAGAAAACGUUUGUCUCUUGUGAGACGAGAGUACAUAUUAAAAAAAAACUUGAAAUACAUGAUUGUUAGCAGGAUGAGAGCAAUUGCACCAUUACGAGGAUGAUCGUAUUUCGUUUACACUUUGCUACCAUGGUGAAACCAUUGUUCUGAAUGGAGAAAUUGUAAUUACAUGGUCUUGCAUCAGCUGGGGAGCUGAUUUGGAUGACAGUAUGGGGAAAAUGAAAUAACACCCAACUCCAUUGUGUGUAGUGAGUCAUGGCUUUGUGACAUCUGAGCCAGCAGACCAAACGCUGGGUGUAUGAUGACAUGGUUGAAAACCUUGAGCAAUUUUUUUUACUUUAAA